GUCGAGUAAAAAAAAAUGUGAGCUGAGCAGCCUUUUCAAUCUGGGCGAUAAGCGACGAUUGAUUACGUGUCCUUAUUUUUUCCUCUCGCUCACAAAAACAUAAAAAUCGUGGCCGAGAAAAGCCGCAUACGGCGGUGCCGACAAAGAUUCCGACCGAUAGAGGGAGCCUUCGGGAGGCGGGGAUAGAGAAGAGAAGGAAGCAGGGUUCGUCGUUUGGUCUGUCCACAUGGCAACCUUGUCCUCCUUCCUCUCUUUUUCUCGCCUUCCACGUGGCGGCCCCUCCUCACCUUCUCUCAGCUCCGUUCCGCCGUCGCCGUUCAGUUUAUCUUUUCCCCGGCAUACCAAACCCAUCAUUCCUAUAUUUCCAAGCCCGAGAACAUCGAUUGUGAGCUGUUCCGCUUCUUCUCUCGGUGACUAUGCUUUUAACAACGACAAAUCUGGUUCCAAGGUUUGAAUUUUUAUGAUUUUUUCUCAUUCUUUCAGUUUGGUAAUAUGCUGAAAUGGUUCUAAUUCGGGUUUUUUUUUGGGUGGUAAUUUUGAAGAAAUCGGUGCUUGCUAAUUUGAUACAAGAGAUAGAGCCCCUAGACGUGAGCCUAAUUCAGAAGGAUGUGGCAGCGAAUACUGUGGAUGCGAUGAAAAGGACUAUCUCCGGGAUGUUAGGAUUACUUCCGUCUGAUCAGUUUCAAGUUUAUAUUGAGGCUCUCUGGGAGCCUCUCUCUAAGUUGUUAAUUUCUUCUAUGAUGACUGGGUAUACUUUAAGGAAUGCUGAAUAUAGACUCUGUCUUGAAAAGAACCUUGAAAUAUUUGACAAAAACUUUGACAAAGAAGAUUCACAACACUCUAAAAUCGAAAGUGAGGAAACAUUGGUUAGCAAUAGCAAGACGAUUGUAGAUUCCAGACCCAAUAGAUUGAUUGUCCCAGAGACUACGAGUGAGACGGUACCUGAACUUCCAGAUUUUGGGGAAAUGACUCCAGAAACUCGGCAAUAUAUCAUAAAUUUGCAAUCCCGCUUGUUGUCUGUUAAAAGGGAACUUCGCGAAGUCAAGAGGAAGAGUGGAGCUCUUCAAAUGCAACAGUUUGUCGGGGAAGAGAAGAAUGAUUUAUUGGACUAUUUAAGAUCAUUGCAACCUGAAAAGGUAAACAUUAGAAUACACCAAAGAUGUAUGAUACAUGUGAUGAUUUUGUGUCACCCUUUCCUCUGGAACAAUUCUGCAUGUCAAUUGGAAGUGCUGAAUGCAGAUUUAUGUAGAGGAUUUUAAAUUAUAUUGUUGAUUAAUUUUGUUGAUAGAGAUGGUGCCUUUUAUGUGGUUGAUAGUUGAUCAGGAAACUAGUCUAGUUUGGCAUUGAACUGAACCCCGCCAUUUAUGCUUAUGGAAGAUCUCGAAGAAUGGAAAAUCAUCGUAGUUGCUAGAAAACUAGAGAACUUAUAAAGGUUCAACUUGUGUGUUGGGGACUUACUCUGUCCUUGGAAAAUCUCUUGUUUUCAGCUUUGAUGUGGUAACCAACCAAUUCAAAGCACCUGCCUAAAUGAAACCAAUAUGUUUGUUCAUUCUUUCCAUCUUCCCAGUUUGAGCUACUAUUCUCUGCUUCACAAAUAAUUUGUAUUGUGGGUGAUAGUUGGCUUCAAUUGUAAUCAUAGGUAGCCGAGUUGUCAGAACCAACUUGUCCUGAGGUGAAGGAGGCAAUUCAUUCUGUUGUUUAUGGUCUCUUGGCUACCCUAUCCCCUAAAAUGCAUUCAAGGGCACCUGAUCCGACAGAGAACACUCCCAUUGGUGCCUCUGAUAAUUCAGAUGGUGAAGACUUCGUUGAUGUUGUCGAGAACACUUCACUGCAAUUUCAACCGCACAUCUCACUAACCAGAGAUUAUCUGGCUCGGUUACUGUUUUGGUAGGGAGCUUUCUUCUGCUCUUUUUCACUGAUGUGUUUUAGUUUUUUGGUACUUCUUGUUUGCAUCUACCAAGGGUUCACUUUUGUCUCUUUUCCUGUGUCCAAACGUUUUUGUCCUUUGACAUGCUCAAUUAUUUAAUCACUCGGUAACUCCCAUAUGGAUACAGUAUUUUGUAAAACUUGUACCUAAACUGAUGCAAGGAUAGAUCCUAGAGCUUUUCAUCUUUUUCUUUAUAUCAGAACGCAAUGUUGACAUUUGAUUACUUCAAGUCUCUCAGUUCUUUAGUUUUUCAGAAUGUCUGUGGAAACCAUCUACUAGCUUUAAUCUCUGAUACGCUUGUCUGUGCUGGGUCUCUCUUUGAAGGUGCAUGCUGCUUGGGCACUACAUCAGAGGCCUUGAGUAUCGGCUGGAGCUUACGGAACUUCUUUCUUUACCGUGCGUGGGAAAGAAUGUUUCGUUCAAUGGUGAACAAGCAGUUUGACUGCGUUUAUAUGUUUGGUCCUUGUAUAAUAGUAUAUCUGAAUCUUCACUCUGUAUAUGUUCCCUGCCUCCUCUUUUUUUUUUUUUUUUUUUCAUUAUUUAAAUGAGAGUUUCUUUUCUGAUUCAAUGUUUGUUCUACCACUGCAAUGGAAAUCAUGAAAGGUGGAACCAUUGACUGAAAAUUACAGCCAAAGGCACUUGAAUUUCAAUGGAAUUUUCUGUCAUUAUGAUCU